AUGGCCAUUUCCGAAAAGAAAAAGCCUGUCUUCGUCGUCGUCCCUGGUGCUUCCCAGAAUCCGGCGCAUUACGGUUACCUUCUCCACCUCAUUCAGUCCGCCGGCUACGGAGCUUCCAGCGGCUUACUCCCCAGCAUCGGCGCCCAGGAACCUGUGACCGCCACUGACGAUGCUGACUAUGUCCGCAAAAGACUUAUCCUUCCCGUGCUGGAUGUUGGCAAUCAAGAUGUGAUCCUGAUUAGUCACUCAUACAGUGGUAUGCCCGCCAGUGCUGCUGCUCGUGGUCUGGGUCCAGCCGACCGCGCAGCAGAGGGCAAAAGCACGUCCGUUCUGGGUCAGAUCUUUAUUGCGACAAUUUUGCCUCGUGGUGGCGAUAAUCUGAGUGUCAUUGAUGGAUUUGGGGGCCAGUUGCCCCCACACAUGUACAUGGAUAAAGAGCAAAACCUUCUCAAAUGUGACGAUCCUAAACCUCCCCUCUUCUACGAUGUGCAGCCCACCCUUGCCGAUGCGGCUACCCGAGCCUCCCUCAGCCAGGGGCUGACCUCAUUCUCAAGCCCCUGCCCUGAGGCUAGCUGGCACACUGAGGCAUUCUCUGGCAGAAUCGCCUAUAUUCACACCGUCAACGACCACGCUGUGCCUUAUGAGGCACAGGUUGCUAUGGUUCAGGCUACUGGGGCCAAGUGGAUCACCCGAGAGAUUGCGAGUGGUCAUAGCGUGCAGCUAUCCGCUCCCGAGGAGCUGACUAAGACUAUCUUGGAGUUGGCUAAGCAGUGGGAAUGA